AUGCGACUCCAAAUUUUAUUGUUGUUGGCAUUGCAUCUAGUUCGAGCCAUUCCAACACAACCUUCGAACCGAGAAGAACCUUUUUUCUUCAAAGGCCAUGACUUAAGUUCCCUCAAGAUGUUAGAAGAUGGGGGAUGUAUCUACAGAGACACUACACGAUACAACGAAACGAGACGGGCUGAAGCUAUUCUCGGUGAUGGCGGUAUGAACACCGUCCGGCUAAGGAUAUGGGUAAAUCCAGUUGGGGGGUUAUAUGGUUUACAAUAUAACCUCGAGCUCGCAAAACGAUUCCAAAAUGAAGGCUAUAAGAUAUAUCUUGAUUUUCAUUUCUCGGACUCGUGGGCAGAUCCCCAGAAGCAACCUCCACCGGCAGCAUGGCCCUCCACACUCGGACCUCUUGCCUCUACUCUUCGAGAGUAUGUGAAAGAUACACUUAUCUCCUUCAAGGAAGCAGGAAUCCACCUCGAUCUCGUGGCGCUUGGAAACGAGAUUCGUCACGGAAUGCUCUGGCCCCUGGGUCAGGCCGACGUAGACGUGGUACCAUGGCCCAAAACCGUUGCCAACUUCUCGAAUCUAGCCACGCUGUGGAAAGCAGCGAGGGCUGGUGUUGAUGAUGCAGUCUUUGCCGGAGUAGCCAAGCCAGAAGUUCUGAUCCACAUUGACAAUGGGUGGAAUCUGACUCUUCAGCAAAGAUGGUUCGGUGCCAUGAUCGAGAAUGGUUUACCUAUCACUGCUUGGGAUGUGUUUGGAUUCUCUUUCUACCCCUUUUAUGGGACAUCAGCGACAUUCGAUAAUCUUAGAAUGACGUUGAAUGCCUUGGCUGAGGAGUACCGGAAGCCUGUGCAAGUGGUAGAAACCGACUACCCUGCAAUAUGUGAGGGACGCUAUAAUCCUAUCCCACCAUCUUCCGAGCCGGAGAUUUCUUACGAUGUGGCUGGACAAACGACUUGGACUGAUGAUGUUAUCAGCAUUGUUCAACAGGUCCCAUUUGGGCUUGGGAGAGGCGUCAUGUAUUGGGAACCUGCAUGGCUCAAUAAUACUUCUCUUGGAAGCGAUUGCGAGGAUGCUACAUUGUUCACUCCUGACUACAGUAAUCCCGAGCAGACUGUAGGCUACUCCAGGAGCUCAGUGAGCAUGUUUAACGUCAGGUCUUGA